AUGGACGUGAGCUCCAAAGGCAUCAAGGGCACGCUGCCGACCGUGCUGGGGAACCUCACCUCGCUGGAUGAGCUGCAAGAGUGCUGGCUUCCACAGCUCCCCUUUUCUCCCUGCCCUCCCCCUCCCCCUCUCUCUCUUCGUGAGCCCCACAUGGACGUGAGAGCUCCGAAAACCAAUCGUUGCCUCGCUUCCGACCGCACCGCGCACGGCAGUUUAGCAUCCACUCCACAUCCUAUGGGCAGGCGCCGCUCUGUCUCCCUUGGGAUUGCCAUGAUCGUUCUGUCCCCUCCGCUGUGUCCUGGCUGCUCCAUCCUCGUGAAGCAGCUGUUCAAGAACUACCUCAACGGCACCAUCCCGCCCUCCAUGGGCAACAUGAGGAGCCUGUACCAGCUCCACCUGAACCUCAACUACCUCGCGGGAGGCAUUCCAGAUUCAUUCUCCCAGCUCACUGGCAUGCGCAAAUUCUAUGUGUCAAGCAACCUGCUGUCAGGCCCCUUCCCUCCUGUCCUUUGCAACAUGACGACCCUCUGGGAGCUGCGCAUCAGCUACAAUCACUUCUCUGGCACCGUCCCUGAGUGCAUCAGCAAUCUCAAGAAUGCAUACUACCUCUACAUAGACACCAACUGGUUCACCGGCACUCUCCCCAGCACCAUAGGCAAUUUGCCCCUGCUGCAGAACCUGUUCAUCAACCAGAACAGUCUGCAAGGCCCUCUGCCCACCACCAUCACCUCCCUCACCAGCCUGCGCAUCCUCUUCAUGAGCAGCAACCCCUACCUGGAUGGCCCUCUGCCAUCAGACCUGGGCAACAUGGUCAGCCUCACGGACUUCGUGAUGGAGUUUGCAGCCUUCAACGGCACCAUGCCUGAUUCCAUCACCAAGCUCACUCGCCUCUCCCGCAUUCUGAUGGACAACUGUCGCUUCACCGGCUCCAUCCCACAGGGCCUCAGCAACCUCAAGGCGCUCACCGUGCUAGAUCUUGAGGGAGGGGACUCACGCGGCUCGUGCUCUUCCACUGCUUCUCUUCUCCGUUGCCUGGUGCUCCCACUCUCCUAA